CCGAAUUGUUUUGGGUUUUUCUGUUGUGUCUUCGCUACAAUCCUUUCCAAGGGUUUCUUCUUUUCCAGGUGUGAGAUCCCGUCGGGCGAUUUUGUGACAGAUUUUAUUCCUUUCACUGAUUUCGCUCGUUUUGAAGCCCUAGCGUUGCGACGACGAUCUCCUGAAUUGCUUCUAAUUAGAGAUUUCCUUUUGCAUAUAGCGAAGCUAACUCGAAGAGAUGCCUCAGAGGCACUCGAAGAACAACAACGACCUUGCCUUCUUCACCUAUGAGGAGAAACGAAAGCUCGGGUAUGGGACCCAGAAGGAGAGGCUUGGCAAGGAUUCGAUUAAGCCCUUUGAUGCUUGCUGCCUCUGCUUGAAGCCUUUCAUCGAUCCUAUGAGUUGCCAGAAAGGACAUGUGUUUUGCAAAGAAUGCAUUCUGGAAUGCUUGUUGUCUCAAAAGAAAGACAUUCAGCGGAAGCUUGCUGCCCGCGCUGCUCAGCAGAAGCAGGAAAAAGAAGAGGAAGAAGAGAGAUUGAUGUUGCAAAAGGCCAAGGAGCUUGAUGCAUUUGAUCAGCAAAAUCAUGGCGCCCUGCCCCAAUAUAGUGACAGAAAUUAUAGUCGAGAUAAGAAUGGGUUUCAUGGGGCAAACAGUGUGAAGGUCACUUCCUAUGAAGAGGAAGCUCUUCGAACUAUGAAAGCAUUCUGGCUGCCUUCUGCUACGCCAGAAGCUUCUGCCAAAGUAGAAGCGCCUUCAACCACCACGACUUGUCCUGAAGGAAAAGAGAAACUCAAACUGAAGACUCUCUUCCCUAUUCACUUUACUGAAGAUACUAGUGAGCAGAAAAAAUCCAAGUCUCUUGAUACGACCUAUAUCUGUCCUAGCUGUAAGGUUUCUCUCACCAACACAAUGUCACUUGUGGCCCUCAAUACAUGUGGGCAUGUGUUUUGCAAGAAAUGUGCCGAUAGGUUUAUGGCUGUGGAUAAGGUUUGCCUUGUUUGCGACAAGCCUUGUAAAGAGAAGAAUCUGGUGAACUUGGAGAAAGGAGGGACUGGGUAUGCUGGUCACGGAGAUCAUCUUGAAGCCAGAGACUUCAAACAUUUGGGAAGUGGUACUGGAUUGGGGCUUGUUAGACCAGCAACGAAGACAUAAGAGCCCUUUGAACUUGCCAGCGUGAUGCGUGCAGGACAAGGACCUUAUUCCAGUUUCUGGUUUUUUCUAUCAAAUGCCCUUGCUUUGUUUUAUCGUUUGCUUUGCAGUUUCUUAUCCUAACUUAGAUAUUUUAUAAAGAUGUAAAAUUUUAUGCUUCAGGACUGGUUCUUGGGUAAUUAUAAAUAUUGUUGAAUUGAUCUUGGCCUA